CCCGAAACGCAAACGGACAGGGUCCGAGUGGGUAAAAAAUAAAAAUGGUCCGUUGUCACUAUAAAAAAAAAGUUAAUUACAGAAAUGUGAGUUUUAUGGAUAACUGAAAAUAAUUAUUUUUCAGGACGAACAUACAAUAAAUUGAAUAUUUUGGAGCCUCUUUCUAAAUGGUAUUAUUUCAGUUUUUCAAGGACUUCAUUUUUACUUUCUAUUUUUCAUGCGUUGAUUAUUAGAGCCUGGUGUUGUGUGAGGAAAAAAGCUCCUCAUUUCCUGGAGUUCAGGGGAGACCAGGCCAGAGCAGCUGAUCGCAGAGGCCUUUCCCUGUCCCCCCUUUGUGUGUGUGUUUUAUAUAUAUUUUUUAUACUUAUAUGCAGAAAAUAUUAAUUAUAGUUGAAGUGCAGGACCAAAGAAGAAAGAAUGUUUGCUUUUGUGAGGUUUCUGGAAGACGAUGUUUGCUACGCGCUGCCAGUUUCUAAUGUAAAGGAUUUUAGACCUCUGCACAAGACGGAUUUCGAUAAUCAAAAGGUGUAUUUGGUUAACAGAACAGAAGAGAAUGGCACAGGCCAGCAUGGCAAGGCACAAAUACUGGCACUUGCAGAAAACAUACAAGAGUUUGAACACAGCAUUCUGCAGAAGAAGAUGAAGAUUCCCAAACUCUCCACAAAAGAUGUUGAAAAAUCAGAGCAGAAUCACUUUGGGGAGGAACCAAUGCCACUCCGACACAAAAAGGCACAAGAGCACAGUCGCUCCUCGAACGCAAACUCCUCAAAGAGCCUGGAGGCUGUGGUUGCACGGCUGGAGCGCAAUGCUGUGAACUCGUACGCAGAGGGAGAGGAGGAAGAGGAGGAGGAAGAGGAUGAGGAGGAGGAUGAGGAGGACAAUGACGAGGACAGUGUAUUGGAGGACUCGGGCACAGGGGAGGCCAUGGUGCCACGCUACCUCUAUGAGGAGCUGGUGCACAACUACAGGCAGCAGGAGGAAGAGAUGCGGCGCCUCCAGCAGGAACUGGAGCGCACGCGCAGGCAGCUGGUACAGCAGGCCAAGAAACUCAAAGAGUAUGGCAGCCUGAUGACCGAAGUGAAGGAGCUGAGAGAUUUCAACCGGAGGCUGCAGGACGUUCUGCUCCUGAGGCUCGGCAGCGAGCCAAUGCACGACAACGGCACUCAGACAAUCAAGGUUGAUCCAGUGGAGCCAAUUAUGGAGCCACAGGAAGUCUGUCGGGAAGAGGCGAACGCCAGCUCGAGCUCCAGUCACUCUCCGUCCCCCAGAAACAUAUACACUUUCAACGAUGGGAAGGUACACUUGGGUGGUGGGAUUUGGGUGGAUGAGGAGAAGUGGCACCAGUUGCAGCGCACGCAAGGAGACUCUAAGUUCACCAAAAACCUGGCAGUGAUGAUCUGGGGCACAGAGACCCUGAAGAACAGGAGCGUCACAGGGGUAGCCACCAAGAAAAAGAAAGACGCCUUGCCUAAGCCCCCGCUCUCGCCAAGUAAACUCAAAAUCGUGAGAGAGUGUCUGUAUGACAGAGUAUCUCAAGAAACAGCGGACAGUGCCGAGAUUACACAGAGACUGUCCAAAGUGAACAAAUACAUUUGUGAAAAGAUCAUGGAUAUCAACAAAUCAAUCAAGAAUGAGGAGAGGAGGGAAUCCAAGUUGCUCAUUAGACAGACAGUCAAGAUGGAGAAUUUCACCUACGAUGGCAUAUAGUAUUAAAAGUUGUCACCAUAGCUCAUUUCAUUCCUCAUGGCGUGCUUAAAAGGACCAGGCUGGAUGACGCCCUCUCUUUUGAAGCUGCUCAAAAGUGACAGCAGAAAGUAUGUCCUCCACUGUCAUCCUUUCAGGCCUGCCAUAAGAAAUACAACGAGGUACGGUGACAACUUUUAACAAGACAUGCCAUCAGAAUUUCUUAAAGCGCUUUUUCAAGGGUUGGCUGGCUGUCUACAGCAAAUGCUGCAGAAUGAUACCUGAACUGUGACCGCAUUUCUUUUUUUUUUUUAUAUAAAAGUGAGAUCAUCCUGAGGGUUUGGUGAAAGCAAAAAAGUAGGAAAGUUUGAUUUCCUGUAUGCUCUUAAUGGAUCCUUCUCACUGAUUAAGCUUUUUUUGUGUGUGUUUGGGGGGGGGUGGGGUGGAGUAGUGUAAAUAGUUUUAUAUUAAGUCUCUUUUUAUAGGCGUUACAGAAGUUUUAGUUUUAGUUCCAUGUUAUACCCCUCUUUCCUCCCUCUGUGUUCCUCUGUUUAAGAAAACAAACAGACUAUGGUCGGUGGUACCGUUAGAAUUUUCUCUUUGCCAGGCUGCAAAGAGUUUUUUGUCGCUUUUUUUUCUGAGCUGUACGUUUUCAGUUUAGCAAAAAAUAAGUUCACUGAUCAUCAAGUUAGGUUACAAAGUUAAAUGAUGAUUAACGCUUUAAACACCACGCUUGUCAACGGCAUUCUGUUUUUGUCAAUAAUCACUACCAAAUCCAUCAUUUACGGUACACCGCCGGCAAAAAAGCCGCUCCGAGCACAAUCAAAGAAGAGUUUCCAUUGUAAGCCUAUGUCUAGAAAUACCAAAAUAACAACCCCCCUAGGUGCUGCCAGGAUAGGCUAUACACUAGAAAAAAAAAUUGGAAAACUAUAACCAUAAACACACACCACUGUUUUUAGUCUGUGAAAGAUUCAUUUAUGGGUAAGUCCAUAAAUAAUAAUUUUAUAAUUUCAGUGUAAAACACUUGAGACUUUAGAAUAAGUUGUUGUUCUGUAUCUUACUAUUGAAAAGGUUAAACAACAACUUUUUAAAUUUUUACUGUUAUCCAGUAUCGGAAAACUGUAGUAGACUUGUUUUAACAGGGACUCACUGGAUGUAGCUGUGGGAAAUGUUCUCUGGUAAAUAGGGGGUUUUAUUGCCGUUAUUUAAUUUUCUUGAUAUUUCCUCUGCAUACUCGAAAUGUUGUCAGAAUGCCGUAAUUUAGGUGUGGCCGCACUUGAGAAAAAAUAAUAACCAAACACCUCAAGAACAGAACUCACACGACUUAAAUGUCUGGAUUUACUGGCCGACCUUUCCUCAUUUUCAAAACCAUUUGAGGAAUUAUAAAUAAACAUGAUUGAUUGUCCAAAAAAGAAAAUCCUCUUUGCAAGAAGGAUUUAAAAAACAUAAUAUACAGAAGAGUGAAGCUUUGAUGUAUAAAUCUAGGCCCUGUAUUCAGGGACGCGUUCUUAAUAAUAAACUCUGCUUUCGAGCGUGCAAUUGCCACAGUAGGUUGAAGUAAGUGCACAUUCUUGCUUUACAUACUGGGCAGCUUUUGGGUUCCAAAGGUGAAAAUCUUGUGCAGUCAGCUUUAUACGGGACAGCUCUAUAGUCCCUAGAGAGGUACUAUAAAUCAUGUCUUUUUGUCUCUCCAGAUGCCAAAAACAAGGUUAAGUAAUGCAGCUGUGGAGGUUGAUAGUUGACCCGAAUGUUUUUUCCAGCUAUGUUGUCUAUUGGUAUAGUUUCAAGGACAACAUCAUGAACCAAUACUUUAUAAAAAGGUUUUACCCCCUGUCAGAGCUCUUCAGUCUGUAGUUGCCAACUUUACUGACCAGAAGUUCUAUAGCAGAAGAUGAAUAACCAGUAGCUUUUUAUGGAAUCAGGAAAUACAGUGGCCAAACCACAAGGUUUCGCCUUGCAAAGUCAACCAAUUCAAAACAAACAAAUAUAAAAUGGAAUUUGUUUGUCUUGCGUUUGCUAAUUGGAACUGGGAAGGUUCUAAUUUUCGUCCCGUGGUGGUUGAUCUUAUAUUUGGACAUGAAUACUGUUUUGCUUAGUUCACUUUUAUUGGCCAGAUCAAGUAGUAGAAUCAGUGUUGGUAAGUUUUUAGUCAUCAGCAUAAGGUAUGGAAGGAAUGCAAACUACCCAGGCUUGCAGAAAUUAGACACACCACCUUAAUGGUGUACAACAUAGAACCACCUUAUAUCUGAAGAGCUCUUGUUCAGAAUAUCUAUAGUUUAAAUUAAUAUAGCUGUAGCUUAAUUAAAACGAAUUACAAAUACUCUGUCUUGGAGAGUAUCAAAUCGUAUCAUCACAUAACAGUACAUAUCGCCAAUACAGCUCUACCACUAAAAACCAUUCCAUACCACAUAUAUUUUUUUUGUUUGACCAGAAUGCACAACUUUGGUAGAUGAAAAAGAUCAAAUGUACUGCGCUGAUCUUCUACUGAAAAGAGACUUGUCAGUUGUGAGGAUUUAAAACAUACACUGUAUGCUGGAUUUACCAGUUUGGAAAUGUAUCCUCUCAUGCUGGCUGGACUGGAAUAUAACAUCGUAUUUGAACCGUGUUUAAUGGUAAUGUUUACAACUGUGUGCAUAUUGUUAAGUUUCAAAUACAAAUUACCAAAUAGUAUGGAACAAACAAAUACUAAAUAUUUUCAGUAGCAGAUCAGUCAUUUUGCAGGGUCAGUAAUGGCACAAGCAAUUGGCCCUGCUGGAAUAUGUACUCUGCUAUUAAGAUCAAAUAUCUAAUUUAAAAAUUAGAUAUUUGAGUAAUUUAAAAUGACAUUUCAUUUAGGGGGAAAUGUUUUGACUACUAUUGUGUUUCUUUUGGAGCCAAACCAAAUGAAAAACAUAACCGUCAUACACCAAAGUGACUCCCCCUUCUUUUUCUUAAUUUUAUUUUUUUUCUUUUAUUUUUUUAAAUUUUUAUUUAUUUAUUUAUUUUUUUAAAGAUUUUCCAUUAUCUAAAACGAAAUUCCCUCAUGCAAUUGUACGUUAGCCCUGAUAGUGGUGUGGAUUUGUCUUUUUUUUUUUUUUUUUUUUUUUGCUGCUUAUCUGUGACAGUUCAUAAAGCUAGAAAAAUACUUUCAUCAGUCUCAUUUGGAUUGCAUUGCCGAUAUGUAAUUCUCUCACUUUGGAGAUUGAAAGAAGCACACAUCACAGUAAAUGUGCAUUCAGACUUUUUUUAAUAUUUAGGUUUAAACAUAACCUUUAAUCCUGCUGGUGUGACCCCACCAUUUCUAAAUGCAAUACAAAUACAAGGAGAAUGAAUUCCCGAUAUAGCAGCUACUUAGAUUUGCUGAUGUUUUAGAUCAUAAAAUAGACCAAAUAAUUGGUCUGUUUCGAGGAAAAAAACAAAAAAAAAGAUUUACCAUAAUGUAUGUUUCUUUAAAACACCAAACUGCAAAAUCUACUAUGGCUAAGCAAUCCAUGUACUCAUUUACUGUGCUUUACUUCCUUUAAUAUUCUAGGUAAAAACCAAGAAAAGUAAAAACUCAAAUAUAUUCAUAAGACAAUAUCUUCAUAUAAAAUCAUAUUGUCUUUCAGGUUGCUUAUGGGUGUGGAAAAAUAUAUCCAAAGUGUUUCCAGCGUUAGAAGUUUAUAAUAAAAAAUGAGUCAAUGACUGAAGAAAAACAAUUAUGAGAUUUGUGAAUUCUCUCUUCUCUCCUGCUGAAGAUAAAGCUAUGGAAUCGUUGUGUACCUGGGCUUAGGUACUCAAAGACAGCAAGCUACUCUCAAAGCCAGCCCUUCAGAAUUGAACGUUGAUCUGAGCCACUUAAUCUUUUUCUGCUGUUACCUGAAGUGACGGCCGAUUGGAUUCUUGUGAAAACUCUUCUGGCAAAUGUUUUUUGCACCUACGGGUGUGUGACUAAUUUUGCCGCUUUGCAUCAUUUUUUGGUGUGUCUACUGCAGCCUAUGAUCCUGGUACUCUGUUUAAUGUACAGAUCUACAGAAUAAAUUCAGACUUUUAUUCUAAAAUAUAAAAAACUAAAAACCUUAGGUGGGUUGCUUGUUUUGUUUGUGUGGCGUCGCUUUCUUCUGACAUCAUAUUUUAAAGCUUCCUUUUUUGAAGCAAAUGAAAAUAUAUUGUUUUUAUUACGUGGCAUUUGGAUUAUUUUUUAAACACUAACCGAAGUCUUAUAAUGGUACGUAUUGGUGAUAUCCCACUCUCUCGCCUCCCUACCUAUUUAAAUAAAACAUAGUGCACAUGUUUUGUGUAUUAAAACAAGUACAACAUAUUCUCAAGUAACUGGUCCAAUGUGGGUGUAAGCAAAACUGAUUUUAUUAAACAUGUUAGCACUGCAAGCGCCUUGUGUUGACUGCUUUAAAAUAAAUACAAUUUGUAUGUUGAAAUCACAAGAUAAACUAGCUCAGGAUCUCCAUAUUUCAAACUUAGAUCAACAACACAAGAUACAUUAUUUUGGGAUCUCAACUUUUCUGGUAUUGAGAUCGUAAGGUCUCAUGAUAACCGACUGCUGUGAAAGCCAGUGAUAUUUUGCAGCUUGCUCCUGACUGGUAAGUAAUCAUUUUGUACUACUUUGAUCUAUAGUAUAUGUUUAGUUUGUCUUUAAGAUGUUUCUGUUCUCUCUCUGCAACUUCAAUUGCUUAACAUUGCAUGCUAAGAUUACUGUAUGUGGACACUGGCAAGACAGGUUGGUUGUUUGUCUCAAUAAAUACUGUACAGGGUGGAUAAACUGGCAGUCUACCUCUUGAGUCUUUGAUUUAGAUUUAAACAGGUUAAACAUAUGAUAGGUGCAGUUUCAUAUGAUUCAAGCGAGGGUUGGAAUUAAAUGUGAGAUGGAUCUAUAUGUCAGCCAGAGAGAAACAUAUAGAGCUUUCUGAUUUAUUGCGAGGGGGAAAACAAAAGUUAAUAUCAGCCCACCAGCUCAGCAAAUCAACCGUAAAAUUGCAAUUUCAAAUAGAAAUGGCUCCAGCAUAUUGUUGAGUUUUGUCACUGCAUUUAUGGGGAGAAAGUAUAUGGCUUUGUCAGCUCAGCAUUGAAAUAUUAAAUGAGAAAUCAUAUUAGAGAUAUUGAAUUGAGGGGGGUGGGCGGCGUGAUGGAUGAAGUUUGCAGUGCCUUGCAGUAGGGUGCUUGUGGAGUAUCGGCUGCUCUGCAUCCAAUUUUACAUUUGCUUUAAUCGCUGUUUAUAUAUAUUAGCUCAAAGAGCCAGCUGCCCAACAUUUCGAUAUGUUGUACAUAUCUUUCUCAAGGGAGCCUGUGUUUGAAUCAA